GGCACAGCACAUUGCGAGCGCAUAUCGUGACGCACAAGGAGCCGGGACACCCAUGGCUAUCAAAUGGAUUACUCUGCCAUACACUUGUGAACUCCAACAACACAGCGCGGACAAUACGGUCAGGAGGUACACAAAGGACCUGCACAGAGCUUGCAGAACUUGUUUGUCACACUGACAGAAAAUUAAAAAAAAAACUGCCUGGCUUUAAUGAGGACGCGUUCAUUCAGGAGCCAGCUGAUAGCAGGCUGAGCGGAGGGACUUGGGCUGACAGCACUGAAGAUGUGAGUGAAUAUUUUGGGGGGGGACUCUCUUGCCUCUUGUAACACAGCUGUAUCAAGUGGAUCACAACCAACAAGACAAGAGCAUAACACACACCAAGAGAAAAGGACACGCGUGAGAAAGCUUACCAUGCACUGACAACAAGGAAUGGAAAGCAUCAGUGUGGAAACAGGCUGGGAUGGGUUGGCCCUCUCCUCUCUGGUCGCCACAGGAAGGAGCAACUUCUCCUCCUCGUCUUUGUUUGUCUCUGAACUGAACUCCCUGAACAGUUCUCACAGCGGAGGGUCCUUCUUCGGGAUCUUCCCUGAGAAUGGUACCACCACCACGCCUCACACCCUGCCCCAGCCCAGGAUGAGGGACCUGGGCCUUGCCCGGGCAGAGAUCGCAGUGCUCGGGGUGGUGCUGGCUCUUACCACCCUGGGGAACAGCUUUGUGCUGUGGGUGCUGCUGAGGAGGAGGAAGCACAAUGCGCCGAUGCACGUGUUCAUGGUGAACCUGUGUGUGGCUGACCUGGCGGUGGCCCUCUUUCAGGUUCUUCCCCAGCUAAUAUGGGACAUCACAGAAAAGUUCCAGGGGCCUGACUUUCUCUGCCGGUCCAUCAAGUACUUGCAGAUUGUGGGCAUGUUUGCUUCCUCCUACAUGAUAGUUGCCAUGACAGUAGAUCGACACCAAGCCAUCUGCUGCCCUUUGCAAGCCUACCGUGGGGGAACGAUGUCCCGCUGGAACACCCCUGUCAUGGUGGCCUGGGGCUUGGCGCUAGUUCUCAGCAUACCGCAGGUGUUCAUCUUCUCUCGGUCAGAAGUGGCUCAUGGAGAGUUUGAGUGCUGGGGUCACUUUGCUGAGCCGUGGGGGCUGAAGGCCUACGUCACCUGGAUGACCGUGGCUGUAUUCCUCCUGCCCGCCCUCAUCAUUACCAUCUGUCAGAUAAGAAUCUUCCGAGAGAUUCACAAUAACAUCUACCUGAAGUCAGAGAGGAUGGUGAUGGCUGAGCUGAAGAAGAACGAAAUCUUCUUCCGCUUUCACAGUUUUAAGAAGGAGGACGAACGUGCCAGGGAGAGGGGGAGACGGGCAUCCGGAGGGUUCAGGGAUGGCAGAGGGGGACAGCUCUUAAAGGGUGUGAAUAACAACCCACACAGUAACACCCAUAGCAGCCAAGAGUGUUACGACUACGUACCAACCGCUAUUCAGUACAACAGUUGCUGUGGGGAACAUGUGACAACAGCAUUGCCUACACAGCAGCACUGUGCACUGAACAACUCAGAUUGCCAUGACGAGCUGGCCUCAGGCUCACCACGCUGCUCCCUUGACUAUGCCCCCCCUCCCCCUCCAGCCACUCCGCCUCCAAGCAUCACUAAAGCCAUGUCCAAGACGGUGAGGAUGACUCUGGUCAUCGUGUUGGUCUAUACUAUCUGCUGGUCACCUUUCUUCAUCGUGCAGCUUUGGGCGGCCUGGGACCCCAACCCUCCAGACCAAGCAGGCGUGGCAUUCACCAUCCUGAUGCUGCUGGCCAGUCUGAACUCGUGCACCAACCCAUGGAUCUACACAGCUUUCUCCAGCAGCGUGUCCAGAGAAAUGCAGAACCUGCUGCAAUGCCGGUCACGAGCUGGCCGCAGGGGCUCCCUGCCCGACGACUCCACCACCACACACACCUCCACCACCAAGGACAGCCUGUACUGACAGAGACUGAUGAAACAGAUAUAGACAUAUUUGAAAAAGACAUGCACGGAUGCACGUGGGCCCGUUGCAAGGACGUGCCGUUGUACAUAACUCUGCCACCAUCACCUCCAGCGUCGCAGCCUGAGAGCAGAGCAUGUUGACCUCUACCAGAUGUUUCCAACAAUAAAGGACAGCUGUACUGUCAACAGGACCUCUAUCUGUAAUCACCGGUCCUCUCCACCCCAGCAGAGGGAAAGGGUAUCAUUGAGGAUGUCAACACCAUUUGAUGAAGGCACUGUGGAAUAUACAGUGACAGCAUCUGCGAUGCAAAAUGGCCUUGAAAGUAAAGAGAUUUUCACCUCAGCUGCAGCGCUUUGCAUUGAUUCAUACGAGAAAAACUCUUUCCCUGCCCAGACAGAGUGGAGGAGCAGGAAUGCAAGGGGUGGAUCACUGCAUUAAUAGCCUUACGGCACGCCUAAUGUACAAAGCAGCAGACAGGGCUAUGGGUGUAGAGAAAACAAAGCAGUAGGCGAAGGGAAAGAGACAGAGAAACACAUAUGGGCAGAGAGGGAGAGAGCGAGACUGCUGCUGGACUGAGAACAGACAGGGGAUGACAUGGAUGUUACAGCUGCAGGAACAGCCCUGAGAAGGCUGCAGGAGAAAUCUAAUAAUGUGAACAAACGUUGUUGAAUUAGAGAAAGUGGAUGAGAGGUGGAUGCUUGAGGCUGAAUUCAUAUUCGCUCAGAAGGAAUCCAGUUCCAUGGAAAAAGAGUGAUUAGCAAGAUGGACGCAGAUUCACUCAUGAGGGCGGUGCGGUAGAGUCAACACACUGUCCCAUGAGUAACUGGAAUGGCGUGGAUUAAUGCAGACAGAUAAACACAUACACACACACAAAAGAACCAGAGGUGACAGAAGGGGGAUUAAACCUAGAAGAAUACAAAUGAACAAUCCAGGUUUCUGCAACUAACCGGGACACAAUUACCUGAUUGUGUUUUGUACAAACACAACAUAUGAGGUACAUAAAAUUACCUUCCUGUCAUGCUCUCCUUAAUGAACAUUAUGCAGAAGAUGCAGGAAGGAAACAAACAGCAUUCCAUGCACAGUGAUGAACAAUGUAAAGUAUAUUUAUUAAAAAUGUAAGGCACAUUAUAUAUUAUUACUUUUUGUGUAAGAUGAAUGUUGAAUGUGUAACAGAAAACAACAAGGGGAUGUCAAACCAAAGAUUUUUUAAAGCUCAACUCUGUCAGUUCAGGUCUUAAUAGUCAUUGCAAAGCUUCAACAGAUACAACACAUAGAGUGCUGCAGGGGUGACGUUUUUUCUGUAGGUCAAUAUAGAAGAUAGCAUCGCCCUGGUUCCCUUGAAAAAAGCCAGUGGGAUUUUUGCAUUGGAUUAUUGCAGAAAAUAAGCUCUAUCACAAACAAAAGUUUAUAGCACUUGCAUGUUUUGUUCAGCAAGAUAAUCUUCACAAAUGAAAACCACUCUUAUGACUUUGAAGUGUAAAUGCAGUCACUACAAGUAAAAAGCCAACGUUGUGCUAUAAACAACACCAUAGUCGCGUGACCUAACAUCACCACCACCACGAGGCUGUGAAACUGUGUUCACUUGUUACACAUAAAGGCUCCAAAAUUUACAAAUGGGGUAUUUAUGUCACAGAACAAAAUGUUAAAGUCUUUUAAGCUUGUGUUAACCACAGACUUUACUGCAGGCAUCGAACCAAAAAAAAAAACCCCAGAAAACCCACUGACUUUGACACGAGGGAAAUGGGAGUGCUAAAACUCAUUUCUGCAUUUUGGGACUCAUUCCUGCACCACUCUAUGAGUUGCAAAGAGAAACUACUGCAUGUCAUGUAGACGGUUCGGCAGUUCAAGACAAACCGCGCACCAACAGUGAAAAUACUCCCAGUCAAACCAAGUGCCUGUUACGUCAGUAGACAAUUUCAGAGGGGCCUCCCUUACUGGAUUAAUCUCUGAAUGAUGUCAGCCAUGUUAUUCUUAGACAGAGCUACUGUUCCACCACAGCAGGAGUCAUUGGUUAUAUCACACCAUGAGCCAUGCAUUCUUUUAUCUUUUUAUUUAUUGUUGUAUAAAUGAAAAUACACACACACACACACACACACACAGACACAGACACAUAUAUGUGUGUGUGUGUAUAUAUAUAUAUAUACAGUAUAUAUAUUUCUCAGUUUCUGGUACUGCCUCAUGUUCAUGUACAGUUUUUGUAUUGCAUUUCUUCAGUGUAAAGAGUAAUGUAUUAUGCCCCUCAACUGCAUGACAGACUUAAAACAGUAAUUUUUUUUAUUAAAGUAUGAUUAUAUAAGCUGCUGUACAUACAUAGAUGUGAUGACUUUCUGUGAGUAUAAAAUAAGAUUAGAAUUUACUGAUGUGGUCAAACUAUUCAUUUCCGUCAAGAUGUUCCUAAGUAGUGGCAUUUGUUCUUUUAAUGUCUUGUUGAGCCAGUUCAACAUGUCCGUUUUUCAUGAGAGAGCGUGUCGGCGAGUCUUCAGGACAAUACUUGGAUGCUUUUAAGGUGUCUCGGGAGUGCUCGUCUGGGUCAAAAGGAGAAGCCUCACCUUUUCCUCUGUGUGGCUGGAGUGUGCAUUUGUUCCCCAGACGCGAGGCUCUGCUUUGAUUCUCUGCCAAACGAAAGGCUACGGCAACAACGUCCCGUGUUUUACUUUGUUAUAUCAGGAAAUAGAUGAACUUCUCCCAAACCCUCGGGGUGUUCAUGUAUUUUCCUCUUCCUGUCAGGAAGUUGAAAGGUCACAGGAUGAUUCCUGUCCACUGAAAGGGCCAGAUCUCAGACCCAUCCAGCCUUCCAGACUGAUGGGCGAGGCCGAGCACACUUUGGUUGUGCAUUAUACUGUCCGUGCAGCCAUUAGUGCGCAUUACAACAGCUAAAUAAUGAAUGUUCUCCAAUAAAUGACACAAAUACCCUUUAAAAUUAGACUCAUCGCUGCAGAGAAUUUCCCUGUGACUCUGUCUUAUUUCCUGAGGCUAGCAGAUCUGACAGUAGCUAUUAUCACCCCAACACCCAUCACAGCACAUGAUAGAUGGCCUGUAGGAUAGGUCACUGCGUUUUUGUAAUCCUGCUGUGUGUGUUAGUGAGGGUGUGUUUAUGCUGAAUGUCCUGAUGCUUAUGGUUUCCAAGCUGAAGCAAGGUUGAUGUCUGAACUCAAGGUCACUUCUUCAUUACAGAGGGGCAUAGAGAAAUAAAUUAUUCCUCCGUGUAGUUGUCACAAGGGCAAGGAAACAGGUAAACCUCCCUCUCUGAAUCUCUGAAUCAAUUUAGGGUCAGCCAAGAAGUGCAUCCAGUGGCUUUGAAGAGUGACGGAGGCCCCCCCAGCCCUGACCAAAGUAGGAAUAAAUCAGACCUGGAGCCAGGAGCUUUACUACACUGAGCAAUGUGUCUGCAUUGCUUAACUCAAGACCCCUCAGCAGACCUGAUGACUGGCGAAGCCGCUACUGAGCUCAUUCCAAGACACCGGGAGGUAUAUCUGGCCCCAACCAACUUACACAACCAACUCUAGCGUCUGUGUUAGCAGAGAGCACUGAAGCAUCAUACGUUAUAAACAGAGGAAGCAAAAGAAACAUGAGCCAGGCGAUUUAUCAUUCCUUUUCAGAGCACAAAAUUAUUUUCUUUGUUUCACUUUUCUCUCUUUCGACUUGAUUUUUUUCACAAGGCUGUCUGUCAAAGCAGCUGAGAAUUUAAUUGGGGAGUUUGUUUCACACAGAAAAUUGUUCUCACAUAAAAGGUAUCUGCAUGCAGAUCUGCCUUUGUUUACUAAAACAGCUAAACUGCAGCUGUUUGUGAGAUUUUUUUGCCAAAUAUAGCCACACUUGUGUUUUUAUUGGCGGCUGUUACGAUUUUACAGAAAGAUGAAGCAUUUAUUUAUCUUGAAAUGGUUUAUUCCCCGGAGAGCCAGGAGGAUCAAGGUUAGCUUUUAUCACUUUCGCCCACCUUGUUUUCAUUACUUAAAGCGUGGUUGUGUUUACAGCUCAACGAAGACCCUGUAAUUUUUCUCCUUCGUAGUAAAAACAGGCAUGUGGACAAGGUCUGAUAAAACCCAUUUUAUGGGAGCUCAUUCAACAUGCUUUCUCAGGAUUUAUGCGCAAAGAAAAGGUUUGUUGUGAUGUGUCUGCUCCUGUUUAACCUACAGUAUUUCAUGGCUCCCGGCCAACUAUGAGUUCUAUUACAGUGGUUGACCUUUUGAGUGUGAAAGUGGAGGUGAUGUCUAAUAUGAUGGUGGAAAAGAAAUUGAGAGAGAGAGAGAGAGAGAGAGAGAGAGAGAGAGAGAGAGAGAGAGAGAGAAAAGGGCAUUUCCCCAUAUAUGGCUGGUUCUUGACUGGCAAUUGCAUCCACAGACAAAGCCAAUGAAAGGAUGCCCAAUCAGGACAGGAAGAGGGAGAUAACCAUAGAGGAAAGCACAAAAGCUUGCAAAUGACAGUGAGUUUAUUCACCCCAAACACAGCUCAGUUGUUGUGGUUGAAGCAGCUAUGCAUAUAACACGCCUCACUGUACAUACACGUCCAUGAAAUAACCACAACAAUAACUGUUAUUGUAGUGUGACGAAGGGGAAGCCAGCGUGAAAAAAUAUAGCCUGUUGUCUGAUCACUGAGUUAGCCCUCAGUUUGUUGGCCUUGUGCUGCUUUACAAAAAGGUGUGAUGAACGAGCAGCAGAAACAAUGCUUAAAAUGUGACAUCAUGUGAAAAUGGUUUGUGCGACGCCAGUUUCCACAUUGCUGAAUCUCACUAAGCCCAUCAGUGUCUGCCUCCCGGAGCUGGUGUUUUACACACCUCUGUCAAAGCGGCUUUUCUCUGCCUCACAGCAUUCACACACACACACACACACACACACACACACACACACACACACACACACACACACACACACACACACACAGAUUCCUCUGCACUCACUCCUAUUUAUCUGUGAAAAUGUUUUGUCUUAUGUAAUAAUAAAGAUGAACUGAAUAAUAAUAAGCACAUGUACACUGUACCUCUAAAACUAAUUUACAAGUGGUAGCACCACCAGAAAUGUUUUACAGAUGUAGCUAGACGGGACCACUGAAAAACCAUAAAUGAAUUUCAGGGAUUCAGUUACGCUGUUGAAGCAUAUGGCAAGUUGAAAACUAUGUCAGUGCGAGAGUUAGGAAUAUACUUUGGUUUCUUUUUUUACAGUUCAGAUUACUUAUCAUCUGAUGUGCAUAGACAAAUACUGGUACAGUUAACAUUUUGAGCUCCAUAACAAUCCUGUUAUGUCCAUAAUGU